AUGGAAGAGUUCAAAUUAGGAGAAAGGGUUAAAAUCUUAGGAAAAAAUAAUAAAGGUGUUGUGGCUUUUAUAGGUAAUACUGAAUUCUCUGAAGGUAUAUGGGCUGGAAUUAUAUUAGAUGAACCUAAAGGUAAGAAUAAUGGCGGAAUGAAUGGUAUACAGUAUUUUCAAUGUCCGCCCAAACGAGGAAUCUUUGUUAGACCAUAUCAUCUCCGAAAGGAAUGUGCAGAUACUUUCAAUAGUAAUGAUAAAUGUACUUCGAGAUCAGUUUAUCCCAAUUACUUGAAAAGUAGCUCUAAAUUGAAACUUGAAAAGCACAAAUGUCAAUCAAUUAUUAUAGAUCCUAACGCAGUGGCCCUUAAGUCGAAGUCAUUAACAAAGCAAUGUGAUCUUCAGUGUCAAGAAUUACAGAAUCUCAAGUCUUUGCUUUCUGAUAAAGAUCUAGAAGCCAGAAAGUUAAAAGAAGAAAAGGGAAUAUUAGAAGAAAAAUUAAGAAGCUGUGAGAAAAAGUUAGAGGAAAUUUCGGAGAAACAUUCCGAAGCACUAGAAGAAACUGAGAACCUGAAAACUGAAUUGCAGAAUAAGGCGAAGGAGAAUAGCGUAAUGGGAAAACAUUUGGAAUUAUUAAAGGCGAGAAAUCGUUGGCUCGAAAAAUGCAAUAAUUUUAGAGAAGAAGGAAUUCAGGUUGAAGUAAAUACCUCUGCCGAUAAACAAAGUAAUCUCGAAAAGAAAUUUAAAAUUAUGGAUGGCAGUAUCGCUUCUACAGAAGACGAAGCCAUUUUUGCAGAAGACCAGUUUAACACGGUUAAAGAACAAAACCAACUAAGUACAAAAAAUGUACAGGCUUUGCAAAACGUGCUACAGACGAAAGUACGAAUUGAAUCUAAUAAAGCAGAAGCUAACACUAAAGACUCGAAUAAGAAAUAUAGGUAUAAAACAAAAGCCGAAAUUCCAUCUACAACACUGAUGAAUGAUAAAGAAUCAGGUGACAUGAAGCAAGGAACUCUGGUAAAACUUGAAAAAGGAAAUUAUUUAGAAAAAGCUUCGGAAAUAGGAAACGAAAUCUUAGGAAGUAGCGGUAGACCGGAAAUGAAACUGAUGGUAAAAAAUAAUAAUAUUGAAGCAUUGAAUAAGGUAAAUACUUGUGAAGCUCAAAAUCUAUACUCUAAUUUUAAUCAAAACAGAACAACUGCAUCAAAUUUCGCUAGCAUCUUUACUAUGCCAGAAAACGUUUUUCCCGCUAAGUAUAAUUCUGACAUUUCAGAUUAUACUCCAUCUUCGCCGAAGACUAACUGUAUGGAAAUCUGUGGUGAGAAACUUGAUAGUAAAGCUGUUGCCAUUAAAAGGUCUGUUAAUCAAAGUAAUUCCCCAACCUAUGCUUCAAAAGAACUAUUAGAUCUAACAAACACGCAGAAAAUGAAUCAGAAAAACGAAAAAUGCUAUGAUGCUCUGAGAGUUUUGAAAGAUUUAAUCACUUCUUUUGAAGCCAGGAACAACCAGAAAGAAUUCAGAGCUAUUACCACGAAAGGAACAGCUUUACAACAACAUUCUAUAAAAGCAAUUCAAAGCUCGAAAUCUGACUCAAGAGCUGAAGCAGCUGAUAGUAAAAACAUUGACAGUAACACAUUAGAUAUCAGGAGGCAGGCUGACAAAAAUAAAUUGCUUAUAAACAAGAACAAAAAGAAAUCCCAUUGCAAAGUGUUUUAUUCUAAUCAUCGUUCACAGUAUAGGAAAUAA